CUCCCGCCUGGUGCAUUUUUGACACUCAAACUGACAAGCACAAACUACAAACUACAAGUAGAACAACCUUUUCGGCGACGAUAUUUCUAUUCGCAGCAUCGCAUCCAUUACGUCUUCCUCGUUCGAAUUCUUCCUCCGGAUCCCUCUUCCGGGGUGCGCAUUGGCUGUACCGCUGCGUGCGAUGAAGGCCACUGCUCCGUUUUUCCCUGGCUCGCGCUUCACAACACCUUGACUUGAUAUGCUCAUUUACCUUCGCCUUUCUGGCCCGCAGCUUCACCCUCGACAUAAACCAUGCUAGCGACCUCUCCGUCGCCUUCUCUAUCCGCGUGUCACCACGAUCCUACAGCCUUCUCUCCGCGGCAUGCGGCGCAGUAUGAGCAAUCUUCCUAUGCUGCAAAGUCUGCCUCUGCCUCCGCCUCCCGCUCCUCGCUGAACGAUCAGUCGGCUUCUUCUUCUCCUCCUCCCGCUCCUCGAAAGUCUCUCUUCACUCCUCCCGACACCUCGUCCAGACCUCGUCGAUACCCUAGCUCGAGAUCUCUCGACAACUACGCCGCCCCUCCACCCCCACGUGCUACAAUGGUGGACGCUGGCACGCAAUACUCCCCGCCCGGACCAAAAGCGCCCUCACCACCGAGCACGCAUGUUCCUACGCCCACGAUAGCACACCUGCAACUCUCGGAAAAAGAAGAACUGAGAUCUCGAGCCCUGGGCCGGGAUGAUCGAGCCGCCCCACAAAGAAACACUUCUACACGACCACCAGAUGCUACCUCCUCUCUCCCCAAACCAAGCGGCACGCCUGGGCAAGGCGCACUGUCACAGGGCAAGCGGUCUGCAGACGGUCCUGCCGCUCAAAGCCCUCCUGCCGCUGCCAAUGGCGACGUGCUACCCACCACAGACGUACAGUCCCCCGUGAAGAAACACCGCCCAGAUGCCCCUCCAGCACGCAUCAUGCCCCUUCUCUACCAGAAUUGCAACACCCGCGAUCUCGUCGUCCUGAUAUCGUCCAUGCUCAUGGAACUGAUACGGUACAACGACGCCAUCCCCCUGCGUGAAGGACAACUCACCCGCUUCCACUCCCGAGCACCCCCUGGCAUUUCCGUCCUCGACUACCUACAACGUCUGACCACACACGCGACACUAUCUCCACCCAUCUUACUCAGCGUGGUAUACUAUAUCGACCGAUUGUGUGCCUUAUACCCGGCCUUCACCAUCAGCAGUCUGACCGUGCAUCGUUUCCUCAUCACGAGUGCCACGGUGGCGAGUAAAGGAUUGAGCGACUCGUUCUGGACGAACAAGACGUACGCCAGGGUGGGCGGAGUGAGCAUGAAAGAGCUGGCCUUGCUGGAACUGGAGUUUCUCACUAGAAUGGAGUGGCGCAUCGUCCCCAAGCCGGAGGUCCUGGUGGAUUACUACAAGUCGUUAAUCGAGAGGAGUGAUCAAUAUCAAUUAGAGGAUGAAUGAGUUGGGCUGGGGAGGAAGAGGAAGGGACGUCCUGUCGGGCUGUUCACCUCUACAUGAACAUGCGCACAUUGGCCACACCUUUUUACCUUUACGACUUGUCUAUCCCCCCGUGGCCUUGUUUUUACGUUACGAAUUUUAUGAUGAUAAUACCACGAGCACAAAUCCAAAAGGUUUUGCACUGCAUCCAGCCAGACUAGCUAGCGUUACGGAUUAGGC